CAGCUUAUUUAAGCCAUUUCGUUGAUUACCAGUCAUGGUUUAAUUCAAUUUGUUUUCUCGCUAGUAGUAAGUGAUGCGUUUAUUAAAUACUACUCGAAAUGUGAUGGUAGGUGGUAAGUUUAAAUAUGCAAAGUGUUUGGCUGGAUCCACAUGCAAAGUUUCGAUAUUUCUGGCGCUGUGGAUCCGCGUCCUGAAUCAAUAUGACUUCGUGGUUGGUUUCCUCAUUGUUAGCCCUCUAAAAUGGAGCGCUUGCGCCCCUAUAUGGAAACAACAGGAAUUUUAGGAUCCCCGUCUUCCUGCAAGCCAUGCGUUCCCAGUUUAUGGACAGUUUUAAUGGAUAUUUAUCGGGCUCCUGGAUAGAAUCCGCAAUUCUAUUGCAGUCAGUGAUAACUUAAAAGUGAUUUAUAACUAGGAAAUACUUACCUGGUAAGUGGGUGCUAGAUCGGUGAUGUGGACUUCGGUGGUACCUGAUGAGGUUCGUGGGGCGGCACCAUCCGCCCGAUCCAAACACAGUGCCACUUUGCUGGGAGAGCAUGUCUACGUUUUGGGGGGAAGAAAUGGCAAUUUACCAUUGAAAGACUUCUGGAAGUACAAUCUGGUGUCUGGAAAUUGGCAGCAACUGAAACCCUCAGGCGAUCUGCUGCCUUGUUUGCAAGAGCACACAGCUGUUGCGUACAAAGACAAUAUUUUCGUGUUUGGAGGUGAAGUCAGCUUUUCAUCCAGCACUGAGACGCCUUUAUGGGUGUACGACGUACGAGACAAUAGCUGGAGGAAAGUUAAAACAAAAAAAGGAGUCGCCACUCCAAAAGGCCGACGUGGACACACAGCUCUGGUCCAUAAUGGAGCCAUGCUGAUUUAUGGAGGAUAUCAAGAUUUACGCGGCUCUUGUGGAGAGCUAUGGGCAUUUCAUUUCGACACGGAAUCGUGGCAUUUAGUUUCGGCAGCACCAAGUAAACCGAGUGAUCAAUUUCCAUCCCCCAGACACAAACAUUCGGCGGUUGUUCAUGGGGAGGCGAUGUGGAUUUAUGGAGGUAUGAAUGAUCUGCACUCACGUGGCGACUUAUGGAAAUGGGAUUUUUACACAAAAUUCUGGACGAAUAUCAAAACGAAAUUGAAUCCAGGCCCGCUGCACAGUCAUGCCUGUUGCAAAUUGCCAUCAUCCAUGAUUAUUUUUGGAGGCGAAAGGAACGGCCAAAGUUCGAACGAUUUAUGGAAAUUCAAUUUCGACGUGGAAUCUUGGGAGAAAAUUUCCAUAGCAGGACUGAAACCACGGCCGCGAUCAGAAAGUCGGGCUUUUAUCGUUUCUGAGCUGCUGUUGAAAGGAGCUUCAAAAAUGUCCCUUGAAGCAAAAUCGGUCAGGAUUCGGGCUAGAACCUGCACAUCUGCUGAUCGAGGCAACAGACACUCUUCAUAUCUUCCAAACAAUCGGGUUGCUCCUUGCGAAAAAACCUACAUUUUUGAACCCACGCAAGUGAAUUACAAUGAUGGUAGCAAUUUGGCUCAGCAAUACUCCGAACCCCACCGAUCUUCCAAAGGCAGCUUUCUACAGGAAAUUUCAAAACUUUCCCAAAUAAACCUAUCCAGAAUUAACAGCAAAUGCAACUAUACGAUACUUUCGAAAGGAAAUACUACUGAUAGCACUGAAAGUUUGCUGAGACAGCGCACGAGUCCUCAACAAGAUAUUAACACUUGCCUGAUCGACUCUGAUGUGUCUUCAACACCAUCCAGAGGAACAAUGGUAAAAUCAAAAUCAGCUUACGUAAUCAAAAAAAAGUACGCAGACAGUUCAACAUCUUCAGACGAAGAAGUGAAGGAAACAACGCGGAAAAAACGAGUAGAAUUCGACAGCAUCGUGAAAAAGAUUCCUCGAGAUCCAAUUUCCGUGCCAAACUUCAGUGUUCUCAAUUUAACCACUCCAGUAUUAACGCCUGUUGAGGCCUCAAAGCUCGUCUAUCUCACAGACGAAGAGACGGACAUUGAGCUGAAAGUUGCCAAUCACCACUCUAUAACUGAGGUCCAACCUGCCGAAGAGUUUGAUGACUGCGAAAACAUCCAGCUGCAGCCGCUCAAAAGAGGCGACAGUUAUAGCUCGCAUUUAGGAUACGCUGAUAACCCACUGUACCAUGAAACCAUCAAGGAAAAAUCGCAGGAAAAUGUCUCCUCAACGUCGGAUUAUUGCAGUAUUGAAACCGUCAAUCGGCUAUCUUCGGCUAGUAGCUAUAGCGUUAAAACCAACACUCCUCAGGAAGAAACACUCAAGACCAAAGACAAUAUUAAGGACGGAAUGUUUGGCUUUUGCAACCCGAACUACUUGAGCUCAACAGUAAAAUCCCUGCUAACCAAUGAGGAGAAAAUAUCAGUUUCCAAAAUGCUCGAGCGAAAUCAGCCAGAGCAGCAGGAUUCCGAAGGAGAAGUUCUGGAACUAUCGAGCUUCAAUGGCCCUUUGGAUAGGAACACAAAAGUCGUCUACAGGCAUUCGUGCCGAUCGAUCAGGCCCUGGAACUUGCCUCUUAACAAAAACCUCAAAGGCAAUUCGUGCGAAGGUCGGGCUCAAAGUGCCAGCAGAGCCGAGCGAAAGCAGGUCGAGAUUAAGCCAGCGAUGAAGGAAAUAGAGCGGGUAGAUCCAUUUCUUCCUCUAUACGUCUACGUGGUAGGCGGGAAGGAGCAGGGCCAUGUAACGGUGUUUCAACGGCCAAUUUCCAUAUGGCGGUUGAAGCUUUUUUAAUCAAAUUGUAUCCAGUUCCGUCAGUUCAAAGCAACGUGCCAAUAAUGUUGUAGAUAAAUAUAAAACAUUUUUUAAUUCUUUUCGAAUCCAGAAAAUACUCUCAACCUUCGCCAACUUUAAACGACCUUUAUUUUUCAAAUGCGGCUGUGUCAGUAACUGGUCCAGAAUUGCUGAUUUUGGGACUUGCUCAAAUAUAAAUCUUGGUUUUGCACACACUUUUUGUCAAAUUUUUAUGAUUUUUUGAAAUGUAAAAUGAAAGUGUACUUACUGACGCAGUAAAAUUUGAUGAAAAAAUGAAAAUUUGGUCACUCUGUAUAGGAAGUGAUUAGUGAUGAAUACAUAAGCACACUGUAUAGCAGAAACAAAUUAAAAUCUAACAGUAUUACGGUACAGGGUAAGUCCAAACAAUGGCUAAUCUCUAAUCUAAAAUCCUUUUUCAUAAACCUACGCUUAUGUUUGGAUUCUACUUAGAACUACUACUUAAAACUUAAAGUUUUAUCAUUGACAAAAAUGGAUGAAAAUGGACAGAAUAAACUACUGGCCUCCAGAUCACCAGAUCUAUACCCAUUGAAUUUGAUAAACAUGGUUUUCCCACCUGGCAAGUAAUAGGGAUUAAACCAUAGUUUAACAAAUUGAUGGGAAAUUUGCCAUUGUUCGGAAAUAUUAGGGGGCAUCGUUCAUUUCCUUACCCUGUAUAGGCCCCAACAAUAUAAGACUAAAGGUAGGUAGUUCAUAUUUUUCUAGGUAGUCAAACUUGAAGAGUUUUAGAGGACUUUUUUAGCAUUAAAAGCAACAUUCGUCCAAAUUCCGUUCAUUAAUGUAAACGAUCGUAAUAAAGUUUUACUGUGUAAAAUUUAAUGUAAGUAGUAAGAUAUAGAGUGCAAUUAUGAAUGUGCAAAUCAAAAUAUUCGACGGCGAGUAGGAUGAUGAAGAAUUUACACGUAUUACAUGCAGCAAAAAGUGAAAACCAACAGGAUUUUACAAGAUUGUAAAUUGAAGGUUUGAAUGAAUUUUACAAACAGACAAUUUUACAGACGUUCAUUAUUCUUGUGCAAUAACAACAUAUCAUUUACUUACCAAUUUUGUUAAUAUUUCUUGCGUGAGUCGUUAUUAUGUUGCUGAUGUUUAGGUUCCGCAGGAAUGUUAUCAUAGCUUGUUAAAUCCGUUACAGUGUUUUGUUAGUUUCGUUAUUGUUAAUUGCCGUCUCAAAUGUUAAUUAGUUAAUUUUUUAUUUUAAUAUUCCCACUAAAUUAUUUUAGUAAUUUUCAAUCAUAUAUUCUGUUAUAAAAUGUUUGGACUCUUACUUGAAGUUCAAUGCACAUGAUUAAGGUGAUAUAUUUUUGUUCUAGACCGUAACAAAAUGUUUAUUUUUUUAAACCAGUAGAAAUGUGAAUGUUUUUCUGUAUUUACUAAUAAAGAUCUCGCAUACUUAUGUAGAAAUAAAGUUUCAGUGCAAAGUG